GGAGCCCCACCGGGCCGACGCUCCCCACACGGGACGAACCCGCCCGAGCUGGCGCUGUGCCCGCCGCUUUAACCGCCCGCCGUGGGUGGUGGCCGGCGCAAUGCGCAUGAGUUCGGGGGCCGGCAGCUUGGGAGAGCCCGCGUCAGAUCGGAGGUGCUGCUCCGGCCACCUGCUCUCUUCUGCCUGGGCUCCCUUCCCUUCAUCACUUCGCCCUUCGCUGCCCCUGCUGGGAGAGGUGCGGACUGCUCCUCGUUGCCGAAAUGAAUAAAGCUAGCAGCCCUACGUAAUACCUUGAUGGCAUUCUGCACUUCAUCAGGAUUGGUAAAUCAAGAGAGUGUGAUGCCUAGAAACCUCCUGUCAGAUUCCCCUGAAAUGGCAUCAGAAGAAUCUCCAAAACACACACUUGGGAGCAUGGAGAGGGGCAGCAGUGUGGAGAAUCAUGGCAGCCAAGCUAGGUGCAGAAGUGUUGCUUUGGAUGAUGAGAGUCUUAAAUACUUAACUCAUGAAGAACAGGAUGUUCUCAUGUUCUUUGAGGAAACCAUAGAUGCCUUAGAAGAUGACUUGGAAGAGCCAGUCCUAUGUGACAGUGGCAUCCACUGUCAGUCUCCAAGGUCAACAGAAGAAAAUAUGUCCAGUCAUUCAGAGACUGAAGAUAUCAUUGACUUAGUACAAUCAACACCUGAAAGCAGUGACCAUGAAGGCCCUCCCACCAGAGAUGCAGAACCAGGUAUGUUGGAUGCCACAUGGAGGACUGAGAGCCCAAAGCCAGCUGUACCUGCUGACCUUCCCCCACAACCUCCUGCACCACCACCACCACCAUCAGUACCUGAGACACUUCCUCUGCCUCCUCCACCCCCUCCUCCCGUGCAGCAUCCGAAAUUGCUUCGCUCUGUCCCCACUCCACUCAUCAUGGCCCAGAAGAUGUCAGAGCAGCAGAUGGAGAGCAGAGUGUGCUUCCCCAGUGCCCUCAAGGAAGGGAAUUCAGACAGGAAGAAAACCCCAGUGGCCAAUGGUGAUUAUUCUGUGGCUCCAAAGCACCCUCCUGCACCAGCACCCAAACUGCACCGCUUCCCAAGCAACAUCAACAUAACAAAUGUCAGUGGCAAAGAGUUCAAUGAGACUAUUUCUAAAGCAGCAGUUAAUGUCCAGGAACGGAGAGCCCAGGUGUUGGCCAACAUCAAUGGAGGAGCUUUUCUGGCAGCUGAACUGGAGGAGAAGCUGCAGAAAAAUGACUUCUUGUCACGUAACAGAAGUUCUUCCCUGAGGGAUCUCUCCUCUGAGCAAACACGAUAUGAGGCCCUGACAAAACUGGGCCUGGUUAAGGGAAAAUCAGCUCAGGACCAAGUGGACCAUGCCCCAAGCACUCAGCAGCUUGAUGUACAGCCCAAACAGGCAGAUGCUGUUCCAAAUGGAUAUCAAAACAUCCACGAUAUUUUAAAAAGCAAGCCCAGCCCUUUCCUUCCUAUGGGCAAAACCGUAACAAUCAAACCAGAGGUAGCUCUUGCUGCUAACAAGGUCAGCACCAUGCAGCAGAACACUGAAAAAAGUUUCAGUGAUAACAAACAGCCUAGUGUAAGCCUGGAUAUGAGGAGGAGAUCAGGUUCACUGCCUAGACCUUCAGGAUUUCGAUCCCAAGGGAUAACAGUGAAGUUUUCUGGUCGUGGCUCCACAGAAGAAGCCCGGAGAGAGGCACUCCGGAAACUGGGGCUACUGAAAGAGACUGCCUAAUUUGGAUGGGAAUGUUUUGGCAACAGGGGGGAUGUCAUAGCAUGGUUUUGUGCUAGAAUAGUUCCAAAGGGAUUGGGAUAAUCCAGUUUGGACGAGGGGAAAGUUCCCUGCUUCAGACAAGCUAAGGAGGUACUAGAUACUGUGGAACGACCACUUGUGCUUAUCCCAGAAGGACUGGCACCAUGUAUGGCCAUGUAUAGCAGUAGGUUUUGGCUCUCCUUCUGACAGAGAUGCUCAUCUGUUGCUCUUUUGUGACUAAGAGGAAUUAUAUUUAAGUAAUGCUGAACUAUAGCAGACAGAAUCUCAUUAAUGAAGUGUACAGUGCAGUAUUGUUGUACAUAGAAAACUGUGGCAAAUCUUCUUUUGCCCUCUCUGAAGCCAAAAACAAGAGCUCCAUUUUCCUUGCCCACAUGCAUGUCUGCUUGUGGGAGCUAAGUAUAUGAUGUCAAAACUGGAAUUUGUUCAGUGACAAACAUGACUUUUUGGUGUCUCUAUCUGGCUUGGCUUUAUUCCCUACCAGUGUUGGAGUCGUCUUCUUCCUUGCUCUGUCCUCUGCUCAAGACUGCACAGAGGGGAGGUUUGACCUUCUCAGCUGAGCAGCCCAAGCUCUGGGUGGGUGCCUGUCAUUCUGCUGCUUCACUUGAAGUCUUUCCUUUCUUCCCUGCCACCUGCUUCUUGGUCAUGCUCCAGUGACCAAUGUGUCCAGUGAGAGGCACCAGAGAAGCCUCAAGGAUAUGCACCAUGUGCUGCUUUUCACCCUGACAGCCAAAGAGUCUCCAGACAAUCUGUGACCCCAGCUGUUCUCUACCUGUGACCAUCUCAUAGCAGAGAAGCCAUAGGAACAAGUUAACUUUGUACCAAAUGUGAGAACCUGCUGUCCAAAGUCUUACCUUUAAGUAAAAGUUUCCAUGAAGAAAGUUACUUUUUGAACAAUGGCUAAGCUAUACUGAGCAAUUUUAAGUUCUGUUACUUCUGAAAAAUGUCAUUUGAUCUUCCAGUAGUUUGACAGCCCUGAUAAUCCUUUCCUCACAGCCUUAUUUGAUUCUGCCCUGCCAAUGCAUAACAGAAGUUGCAGCCAAAAUUCUUGCAGGCUAAGUGGAGUUUCAGGAGAGAGCUGUAUGUAAAGGCACAUUGCUCCUGAAAGGUCCAAGUUGGUUUAUUUUGCCUUUGCUCAAUGCUUUUAAAGAUAGUCCAAAAAUAUAUUUGCUGGUAUGUUUGGGUUAUUUUUUUUUAAUAUAGCAAAGCUGCUCUUCCACAUUAAAAUUCCCUUCCCUUUUUAUACACCUAAAACCAUCCAGAAUAGCCAUUUUAAAACCAAAUGCCAAACUCCAGAACUGCUAAAUUUCCUUCUGUUAUUUCUGCAUGUUUGAGUUCUCUGUGUUUUGGUUUUUUCUAAAGGGAAAAGCGUACUUACUCUCUGCACUUUCUAAAGCUGCAAGCAACCUCCUCGUUUUCCCAAGAAGCUGAGUAAUAAACCUUGGAGAAGAGGAGGGGAGUGGCUAUAAUAGAAACUGACACACCCUUCAGCAAGGAGCUCUGACAUAACUGUGAUAAACAAGUUUGUAGUUCUUGUGAUAAAGUAUUUCAGACUUGCUGAGCUGUACUUGUAAAUGAAGCUGUCAUGAAGGAAAAAUCUGCAUUGUUCUCAACCUGCCUCAUAAGUUAAUUUUUUUGUUGUUUUUUUUUAAUUAUUAUUUUUUUUUUUUAAGUUAUCUGCUUGCUGCUUAAAUGUUUAAUUGUGUUGUUAUGGUAUCUGGCUGGGUCUGUUAUGUAGUUAUUCUUUUCAGCCUUUUCACUGGGUAAGUGAUCAUGUUGCUCAUUGUGACAGGCACUCUAUACAUAAGCAAUCAGUAAUUAAAGUAUGUGGCCAUUCCUCAGUCUAGCACAGCAUUUAUGCAUGCAUAAUCAAAUGUGAGAAGUGUUGCUGAAACAAAAAAGGCUUCUUGUCUGCUUUGAGUGAAGCACAUACUAUUUUACUGAGCUCUGAGUCUGUAGUCCUAAAUCAGAAAGAUAAGCACAUAAAAUAGAUCCAAGCACCUGCUUCUCUGCAGCCUGGAAUGGAGUCCUACACAUGGAUAAUACAUCAUAAUUUAUUAACAUAACUGGCUAAGUAAAUUUGAAUGUUUCAUGACCUUUGUGAUUUUAAAUCCUGUUAAAGCAAAUUCUUCAUUAUAAAUGUGAGGUGCAUACAAAGCAAUCUUCACAUCUAAUCAUUUCUUUCCAGCUCUCUUUUGAGUUGUUUACAGCUGAGUCCAUGCUAAGCAAAUGGGGAAAAAUACCCUGUCACUAAUUAUUUAGUUGAAAUUCUGCCCUAUUCAGUAAGUCUGUAACAUGACCCUGCUAAAAAACAAGCACAAAAAAAGAAGCAAACCCCCAUAAAUAGAUGUUUAAUAUCUAAAGUAUAAAGUUGUGAUAUGCUGAAUUAGCUGGAUCAUAUUCUCUCAUCUUUUUGUGCAGGGCUGCAUCCUCAACUGGUGGAAAGGGAGAGGUAGAUCUUCAUUAGCCAUAGAGGAUGUGGAAUGAGGCAUUUAUUGUGGCCCUUCAUUAUAGCAAAUAUCCUACUGGUAAACUCUUCUCUGUGCCUAAAACUGUAGUAAGUAAAGCCAUGUACUAAAUGAAGUUAAAGAGUCUAGCUGCUAAUAACAUGUAUAUAAAUUUAGCUCUGUUUUGUGUAUCUUGUUUUGUGUGUAUAUGUUGCUGUGAUUUUAAUUUUCCCCCUUUUGUGCUAGAGGCAACUGUCUUUCAUAAAUCUGAUUAAAUCAUCUAUUAAACUGGGAUAAUACCAAUGAAA